UUAAAUGCUGGGGUUUUUUUUUUCUCUUUUCCUUUUUUUUUUUUAAUUCACAAGCACAGCUUUUUACUCUUCACACAGUAGGAAUUUGUCAGGAGCUUGCUGGCAUUAAUAGUCUAUUUCAGCUCUUUUCUAUAGCCCAGCAGCUACAGAGGGGGGGAAAAAGCAUGCUUUGUAUGGAGCUGUGGUUGGGUCUGUGCUGCAGUGCCCAUCUGAACUUGGCUGUGUCUAUUUUGUCAGCUUUUGCUUCCCUCUAGUAGUUGCUGGUCCCUUCCUAAACUCACGAAAUCCCACCAUACAAUGCCUGUGCUUGGAUCAGGGUUCUGCCUGCUCCUGACCUGAACCAACUCUCUUGAUGGUUUUGCUUCUCGAGCUCUUUACUGCAAACAAGAUAUCUUUGAGUUUCAAUUCUUUGUCUGGCUUUUUACUUCUCAAUUGAUCUCCAGAGGAGUAGGACUAGGACAAAACAUGUGGUAUUCUUGACCAGGGAUCCAUGGAGAGGGUGUAAGCUGUUGGAAGAGUGAGUGGCAUUCUUGCAAUGGUGUGGUUGUGUUUAUUUGGGUGUGGAUAUAAUCAUGCUUCUGUGAUACAGUUCCUGCUGAGUUUGAAAUGCUAGUGUUAGUAAAGCCAGAAGGAGAGCCAGACAAAAGCUUGGAGAAAAGUCAGAAUUUCAGUGCCUUUUAGUGAUGGUUCAUGGGAAAGUAACGAUUUUGUGUUUGAUUUUCCUAAAGCACUGGGCAUAUGCUUUUUACUUCUCUGUGAAUUACUGUUUGUGAAUGUGUAUCUUUACAGCAUGAGAACAUCAGAAACACCUGGUUUUGUGCCUAGGUUUCACUCAUAGAGGUAGGUCCUUGUUAGAGACUCUGGGUAGUCUGAUGAAAUCGGUGUUUAGCUACAAAGCUUCAAUUUCUGCUGUUGCUGAUCGUGGCAGCCUCAUUGCUGCUCUCCCUGAAUCCCUGGAGCAGAGGACAUGCUCUCCUCCAUCUCCUCCACCCCACACCUUUCUUAGCCUUGUGUAGAGCUCAGCAGAGAUUUCUUCAUGAAGACUGGAAUGUGUUUAUAUAAUAUUUUAUAUAUUAUUUUAGGCUCCUGCUACUCAAGUGUAGGCAAACUCUUAACCUCUUAUUCGCCAUCAUUAAAUGAACCGUGGAAUUGCUGUGGCAGACACCAAGUCAGGUGGAUCUAAACCAGCUUCUGUUUUUCCUGCCUGGAAGGUUCAUCCUUCAUCAUUUUCCUGGCAAGUGUGGCUACCUAGAGCAGGUUUUCCAGGCCAGGAGUGUUAAGUGGGAGCAUUGAUUGUGAACCACACUGGUGAAACAGUGCUGGGCUGGGCGUAGUGGGGGCUCUUCUGUGUGGGAGGCAUUGGGAAGGGGGUGAUGUGAGAGGCCCAAUCUCUGCAAAAGCAGGGCUAGGACAGCAGUAGGAACGCUGGGCAGAGCUGCUGAAAAGGAGAGAACAACCUGCUGCACUAAAUCACAUCUCCCUGGGGACACAGCUCCAUAGUUAGCAUCCUCAAAUGGCAUUCCUUCAUUACGGCAUCAUUGUGCACAGGCCUCUAGAGAGGAAGCAAACGGUCUCUCAAACAAUCUGCUGGCAGCUCAGGCUGGAGUAUUUGAGGUUUUCCAGGGCUCUUUUGCUGUGUCACUCUUCCCUUUAAUGUUCCAGCUCGAAGGUUGUUGUUGUUUCUCCAUCAAAGUGCGUUAACGCGCCGGUAAGGGUGUCUGCUCCAAGGACAAGGUGGAGAAGGCAGCAGCCCAGGGAGAACAAGAGAUACUGCAGAACAGCUUUGUUCUGGUGUAAUCUGCCUUAUCUGCAUGUGAUGCAAAGACAGGGCAGUUUUCACAAGACUUGGAGGCUGCGUGGUGACAUGUUUUCUGUCCUUUUAUAAAAUCCACCACGUUAUUUUGAUUAGAGCGCUAACGUAACUCCUGGCAGCCUCAAAUCUCACUGCUAGCAGCUCCUUCCCUCCAAAGCCUGAUGUGGUGCUAACAAGCAGAGAGAUCUUGUGCGUCCUGUUUACAUGGAGCUGGGAAGACAGCGUGUUCCGUGGGAGGUGCCAAGGUAGAGCUGCAGUUGGAUAAAAGGUGAAAAAAACUCCUGUGUGUGCAGACAGGCUGUGGUGGGGCGUGCUCAUUUGUGUUCGGUGGUGUUCAGGAACUCCAGCUGCAACACUUGUUUGUAGGUGGCAGAGACACGGUGAAGCUGAGUGUGGGGCAGGCAGAGCUGAUGGGGGAGCCUGGGGUGUAGCCCAGGAUGGACUGGCUGUGACGAGGACGUGCCUUAGCCUGGAGAGGGCGUUACCAUGAAGAGUUCCUGCAGAGCUGGCCUCCACAGGGAACCGCUGAAUUCCUCAUCCUCCACCUUCCAUCAGGUCAAACGGGUUUCUGGUAUGCACUUAAAGCCAUAUCUCAAGUUACAGAAGAAAGAGCGAUCCCCAGAAAUAAGCCAGGAUUCCCUUCGAGGCCACCAGGGACCAGCGCAAGGAGAAAAAUUCACCAACUGCACCAAACUGAGCGUUUUCCCAAAACCCUCCCUGGUGGCUCCAUCUCAAAAGCUUCUGGGGAUUAUUUAUCCAAAUACUAUGUGCAAUAUGAACGGGAAGGGCCCGGCGGACGCUCCGAGCGCGAGGGAGAAGAAGAACGCUCUGUCUGCCACGAUCCACCAGGGAGAAGAAGGAGAGGGACCUCUGGAUGUGUGGGCUGUGGUGAAACCUGGCAACACCAAGGAGAAAAUCGCCUUCUUUGCAGCCCAGCAGUGCAGCGGCGGCAGCAGCACCCGCACGGGCUCCAUGAAAAUCAAGAGCACGUGGGACAUCGACGGGAGGACGGCCAAACGCAGGAAAAAAUCGGUGGAUCUUAAAAAAGCCAAAAUCCAACUGGAAAGAAUGAGGGAGGCCAACUCCAGGUGCUCGCAGCCGGAGCCGUUCGCCUGCGGCAUCGAGCACUGCUCGGUGCACUCGGGCAGCGACGGCGCCGAGGGCGCCUUCCCGGGCCGCUCGCUGUCCGUCAUCGAGAUGGUGGCGUUCCUGGAGCAGCGGGCCAGCGCCCUGCUGGUGGACUGUGCCAAGAGCUGCCCGGGCAGCAGGCUGAGCCCCCAGCCCAGGCCCGCCGUGCCCGGCCCCGAGCCCUCGUCCCUGGGCGAGGCGGAGCCGCAGGGCGAGCCCGUGCGCGUGCUGGACAUGGUGGCCAGGCUGGAGUCCGAGUGCCUGAGGCGGCAGAGCGAGGCCGGGAGCCUCUCCCGCAACAACAGCUUCCGCAGGAACGUGGGCAGGGUGCUCCUGGCCAGCAGCACCCAGCCCGAGGGGGACCUGGGCAAGGGGGGCCCGCCCCAGGGACAGGCAGGGGUGGCAGGGGAUGGCUAUGGGGGUCGCUGCGGUGACACCGAGCUCUGGGAUGGCGGCGCCUCUGCCCCGCAGCCGUUUCCUUCGGGGCUGGAUACCCGCGUGGGGAAUGUGAGUUCGGGACUUGCCCAGGCGGUGUUGGCCAUGACAGCUGGCAGGAGUGACACUGACACACGGAUGGAGCCCCCCAGGGCCCUGCUGGCCCCGUGUCCCGCUGCUGCCAGGCUGCCACCGGAUCCCCUGCAGAGCAAGAGCGCGACUGUGGAUUGUACGUCCAAGGAGCCUGGAAUUUUCCCAAAGCAUCCUGCUAGGAAGGAGCCCUUGUGCAUCAGUAUAUCGGUCACCAAGACAGAGGAAGGGUGCAGGAAGGAGAAGCUCUCUGGUUCUGGUGAGGAUUCACUCCCAGGGAGGCUGUUUUUCCUCCAGGGUGAGCAGCCUGCUGCUCAGGAGCAACAGCCACGGCGGGAGGGUCCCCAGGAGAAGCCAGGGGAGGUAGCCCAAAACGAGGAUGAGGAUGCUCUGGCAUCUGGUAGAUCGUGUGUCACAAGCAGUGUCCCUACAGAGCCAUCAGCCCCUUCUGGCCCUGCCACAGAAGGAGCUUUGCAAGUACUUGAUGCCUCCUGCCUAAAGCGGCAGGUUUCUCAUGACUUUCUGGAGACCAGGUUUAAAAUCCAGCAGCUUUUGGAGCCUCAGCAGUACAUGGCCUUCUUGCCUCACCACAUCAUCGUGAAGAUCUUUGGGUUGCUUCCCACCAGGAGCCUGGUUGCCCUGAAAUGCACUUGCUACUACUUCAAGUUCAUCAUUGAGUACUACAACAUCAGGCCGGCCGACUCGCGCUGGGUGCGCGACCCUCGCUACCGGGAGGAUCCCUGCAAGCAGUGCAAGAAGAAAUACGUCAAGGGGGACGUGUCCCUGUGCAGGUGGCACCCCAAGCCCUACUGCCAGGCUCUGCCCUACGGGCCUGGCUACUGGAUGUGCUGCCACCGCUCCCAGAAGGGCAUCCCUGGCUGCAAGCUGGGCCUCCAUGACAAUCACUGGGUGCCCGCCUGCCACAGCUUUAACCGCGCCAUCCACAAGAAAACCCGAGGAGCUGGAGCAGAGGUGGAAGAGGAAUAUUAGUGCACAAACACUUUCCUGCAAGAUUGAGAUUGUUUGGGAGAGGAGGAGGAGGAGAUUCUCAUGCCUUGUGCUGUUUACAGUGUAUAUAAUUGUCGUGAUUUGUUUUUUUUUUCCCCCCCACAGGGCUACGAAACUGCACAUACUCAAACACAAGAGCCUUUACCUUUUAGAUUAAAAGAGAGCUUUUAGUCCAUCUCUGUAAAUAACACUAUAAAAACUAAUUGUACAUACAGAGUCUACAGCUGGCUGAACAAGGUAACCCCUACAAUGCAGCUAUCCCAGUGUUGCGGCUAUAGGUGUGUGUGUUUUUAAGUGUCUUGUUUCAAAAUCUGUAUAUCCUGUAUAAUAUAUGAAUGUUUCUGAGAAGAAACUCUAAAUAGGUAAAGGUCAACUUGUUUAAAGAAGCUGCAGACAACUUAACUGGACAACCUGAAACUUAGACUAUAGAACAGAUCCAUUAUAGUAGCGUGGCGGUGGAUUAAAAAAGAAAAGAGAGGAAUAUUAUUGUAUAGUCAGAAUAUAAAAAAAGUUCUUGUCUACCUUACCCAUGUUGUCUGAUUGGGUUUUUUUUUUUUUUACACAUAAAUAAAAUGUGCAUUCUAGAUCUGCCUUACCAGACUUUCUCUUGUAAGACUUUUGCCCCAAAAUAAAAAAAUGCUGUAAAACA